GAUCAAUAGAUUUUAGACAAAAGUGGUUUUUGGGUCCAAAGAUCAGGGCUGAGUUGACCUGCAAGCUGGAUACAGGUGUAUAAAACAGGAGCAAGGCGCAGGCUGAUAGCAGAGCAAUCACCACCAAGUCUGAAACAACUGCAGGGGCUCAGCUGAAGGCUUCCCAGGGGCCAGGCGGUAAGGAUGGAGGAGGGAAUGAAUGCUCUCCAUGCCUUUGGGAUCCAGUCAACGCACUACCUUCAGGUGAAUUACCAGGACUCCCAGGACUGGUUCAUCCUGGUGUCCAUGAUCGCAGAUCUCAGGAAUGCCUUCUAUGUCCUCUUCCCCAUCUGGUUCCAUCUUCAAGAAGCUGUGGGCAUCAAACUCCUCUGGGUAGCUGUGAUUGGAGACUGGCUCAAUCUCGUCUUUAAGUGGAUUCUCUUUGGACAGAGGCCAUACUGGUGGGUCAUGGACACCGACUACUACACCAACAGCCCCGCACCACUGAUCAGGCAGUUCCCCCCGACCUGUGAGACUGGACCAGGGAGUCCCUCUGGCCAUGCUAUGGGUACAGCUGGUGUAUACUAUGUGAUGGUCACAUCCACCCUCUCUAUCUUCCACGGAAAGAAAAGGCUGACCUACAGAUUUCGGUGCUUGAACGUCAUCCUGUGGUUGGGAUUCUGGGCAGUGCAGCUGAACGUCUGUCUGUCCCGAAUCUACCUGGCUGCUCAUUUUCCCCAUCAGGUUGUUGCUGGAGUCUUAUCAGGCAUUGCUGUUGCUGAAACUUUCCACCACAUCCAGAGCAUCUACAAAGCCAGCCUCAAGAAAUAUUUUCUUGUCACCUUCUUCCUGUUCAGUUUUGCCAUUGGAUUUUACCUGCUGCUAAAGGUGCUGGGUGUAGACCUCCUGUGGACAAUAGAGAAAGCCAAGAGGUGGUGUGAGCGGCCAGAAUGGGUCCAUAUUGACACCACGCCUUUUGCCAGCCUCCUCAGGAACCUAGGGACGCUCUUUGGCCUGGGACUGGCUCUCAACUCCAGCAUGUACAGGGAGAGCAGCAAGGGCAAGCUUAGAAAGUGGCUCCCCUUCCGCCUCAGCUGCAUCGUGGCCUCCCUCGUCCUCCUGCACCUCUUUGACUCUUUGAAACCCCCAUCCCAAAUCGAGCUGAUCUUCUACAUCCUGUCUUUCUGCAAGAGCGCAGCAGUACCCCUGGCAUCUGUCUGUCUCAUCCCCUAUUGCCUCUGCCGGGUCCUGGGCCAGCCAAACAAGAAGUCUUUGUAACAGAUGUGGAGUCUUCAGUAUUUAAAGUUACUGACUGUGGCAAGGAGGGAGGGUGGCUAAGGUCUUUUGCCGGCCCAUUUGGGGCCAGAGGUGCUAGAGUCAGCCCAGGCCAACCACUUCUCCUUUGCAAUUCUAAUUUGAUGGGGUAAUGUCUUUUGAAAAGCUAGUAAGGCUGUAUGAGAAAGCUUUGUCUGUUAGAACUUGGCUGUUCUUGGGUUUUUCCCUGAAGACUUACUUGUUCAUUUGUCAGAUAUGCAAAAGCAAGACUUCCAGGCAGGGCCACCUCAUAAUCCCAGGCUGGGGGUCCCAACUGAGAAUUUUCUACCGGUACUCAUCCUUACCCCACCCCCACCCUGAAAAAGAAGAAAGGAGCAAUGGAUUUGAUAGGGAAAGAAAGAUACAGAUUAAGGAUGAUCUUUUAUAUUUUGCAUGCCAUGCAAAUUAUGUUAAACAAUAUCUAAAUGGCUUUGAUUAUAUUUGAAUCUUUAAGGGACUCUCAAUAGUGGAGCACCAGCCUAACGUAUAAUUAAUAAGCGGUUAGUGGGAUAAUUCUGCUUCUUAUAUAUUUCUAUUAUGUAUCUGUAGUCACUGUAUUUACUAGGAUUUCGAAUGGCUGCAGUGACCUACGCUGGUACAAGGCGAGAACAUGCGGGAUAGUCAGCUUCCCUCUACCACACAUGAUCUUCCUCCUUAUUAGUCUAGCUCUGCUUUCCCUAGAAUUUUCCACUGGCUCCAGAUGCCUAAAGGCAAAUCUGCACUUUUGUAUGUUUCAGUUAAGCUCUGAAAUCUUGGGCAAAAAGGCAAGGAGAGGGCAAGGAGAGGCAAGGAUUCCUUGCUCCAGAAGGUCACUCCAGUGUUGCUUUUGAUGCCUCAGGGGUAAAUAUGACUCCUUUCUCUAUCCCAAGCCAACCAAGAGCACAUUCUCAGAGGAAGAGCCAACUCCUCCUUGCCUGUUCUUCAGUCUCCACUGAUUUGUAGAACAUGUCCUAAAAAGAAAAUGUUUAAGCCUAUUUAUUUGAAAGUCCUUGUUUUUGCUACUAACUAUAUAGUUCACCAUAUAUUAUUAUUCACACCAAGCAUCCUGGCCAUAAUAUCUUUAAAAAGAAAAAUAUAUAUAUGUGCAGUAUUUUAUUAAAACACAUUUUAUGUAAGAA